UGUAAACAACAAAUGUCAUGAAAAAUGGGCACCCGCGAAAUUCUUACGUUGCAAUUCGGACAAUACUCGAAUUUUAUCGGAACGCAUUGGUGGAACCUUCAGGAGGCAGGUUUCACGUACAAAUCCGACGAUAUAUCGGAAAUAAACCAUGACACUUUGUACAGAGAGGGUGUAAGUCCCCGUAGAGAAGUCACUUUUACACCUAGGCUUUUGAGCGUUGAUUUGAGGGACGGUUUGAAGGCUUUACCGGAGGUGGGGGAGUUAUAUGGGGGUUUGCAGUUGCCGUCUACAUCGGAAUUGAAUUGGAACGAGAAUGCAGUUGAAGUAAAGAAAGAGGAUUGUGAUGAUAAAAGUCAGUUUUUAAAGGAUUUGGCUGGUGCUAGUAACGUAGAGGAAGUGUUGAAUAAAGAUUAUGAUUUUGAGAGGGAUGUCACUGUGUGGUCUGAUUAUUUAUACAGUAGGUUUCAUCCGAGGACGGUAAAUGUUGUUAAACAGUUCGAGUAUGGGAAUGUUAAUACACCUUUUGAUGUUUUUCCUUUGGGUAAAGAGGUCUGGAAGACUGAGCAAUUCGAGGAGGAUUUCACCGAUAAAAUACGGAAUUAUGUGGAGGAGUGUGAUAGUUUUCAGGGGUUUCACAUGUUAACUGAUUGUACAAAUGCUUUUGCUGGGAUGUCUUCAUCAUGUUUGGAGUAUUUACAGGAUGAGUAUGAAAGAAAAAGCGUGUUAGUUUUCCCGGUAAUCCCAUCUCACUUCCCUGAUAAUGAUUAUGAGACUGAAAAAGAACGCCAGGACUCCUUAAUGAGUGACUCCAUAAGACUAAUGAAUUUAGCUCUCAGUUACAAUGCGUACAAUGAAUUUAGCUCCCUAUUUAUACCUUUAUGCACGAGCGAAAAAGGAUUUAGGCAACCAGGCCUCAAAAGAUCAUUCCACAACACAGAAUACAAUCACAAACUCCCCUACCACUCCAGCGCCAUCUUGGCGUCAGCUUUAGACACGUUCACACUAAAGCAUCGCCUAAAAACGAGCGGUUUCAAUCUUGUGGACCUCUGUGUGGAUUUAAAUAUGGUGGGGAGAAAAUGCGCCAGCGCCAGCCUUUGUUUUCCCUUUUGCAUCAAUAAAAAUGUGGAUUUGAUUGAUUGUUUGGAUCAAUGGGACGGACCCCUCACCAAAAGUAUUACUCCCAGUUGUGAGAUUGGAACUGACAGACAAAUGCAACAUAUUACUAUAAGGGGUAUACCUGAAUCUCGUUUAAAAGGUCCACCUCAUAAUGCAGAAAAACAGAGAGAUCUCCCUGCUUUUAAGUGCAAAACGGUCUCUGAAAUGCUGACUUUUUAUUACCAAUGUACUCAGUAUGCAUCUGCGACAAAUGUCACUUCAGUACAAAAAGCACUCCCUGUAAAAACCCCGUUCCCAAAAUUUUUCAACCAAAAACUGGACUUCACAGGAAAUUUCACAAAUUCAGAACAAUUAUCAAAACCUGAAAGCAUUCCAGUUUUGGCUGGUUUACAUACAGGAGCUGAGAUUGGGGUUAUGUUGGAAAAAUUACACACUGAGACGAGAAAAAUUAAGUUUAAAAGAUUUAACGCUUUUAUUUCUGGUGGGAUUGAGAACGACGAUUUUGAGGAAUGUCUGGAUAAUAUAUUUACUUUAAGAGAAAACUACGAAGAUAACUAUUUUUUGUAGUACAAUGCUUUAUUUUUUGUAAUUAUUUAACAAU